AUGUCCUAUGUUAAUGGUGAAACUGGUGGGCACCCAAGGUAUAACCUGUGCAGUAGAGUUCAGCGUUCCAGUUCUCAAGUGGGAAAUCUAAAUGGCCCCAGAAAGGCCUCAAACUGGCUAGAAAUGCAAACAGACUUAAACAAUAUGCAGUAUUCUUCUGUAGCUCUUGAUCCAGAUUCAUUGGUGACAAAUGGAUCAAAGAUCCUUCCAAAUCCUGAAGAGGACAAUUCACAGGAUUCUGCUUUCCAAGUAAAUAGUGAAUCUAUAGAACGGAAUGAGGCUCACCAACCCUACACUCCUAAAUGCUUUUAUGGCCCAUAUUUAACAAAAACUAGCAUGCAAGGAGAUGUGUACAACUUCCUGGAGAGGCCUAGUGGAUGGAAAUGCUUCAUUUAUCAUUUUACUGUAUUUCUAUUGGUGCUGGUUUGUUUAAUUUUCAGUGUUCUGUCUACUAUAGAACAUUAUGCAGAAUUUGCCACUGGAACACUUUUUUGGAUGGAAAUUGUCUUGGUGGUGUUUUUUGGUGCUGAAUAUGUGGUGAGGCUCUGGUCUGCAGGUUGCAGAAGCAAAUAUGUUGGUAUUAAAGGAAGAAUACGUUUUGUCAGGAAGCCGAUAUCAAUAAUAGAUCUCAUAGUUGUGAUAGCUUCAAUUAUUGUACUGAGUGUGGGAUCAAAUGGACAAGUGUUUGCUACAUCUGCAAUAAGGGGAAUCCGGUUUCUGCAGAUACUUCGCAUGCUCCAUGUAGACCGACAAGGUGGCACUUGGAGACUCCUGGGGUCUGUGGUUUUCAUACAUCGUCAGGAACUCAUAACUACCUUGUACAUUGGAUUCUUGGGGCUAAUCUUCUCAUCGUAUUUUGUCUACCUUGCUGAGAAAGAUGCAGUGGACGAGGAGGGACAAACUGGGUUUUCCAGCUACGCUGAUGCUCUCUGGUGGGGUGUGGUGACAGUGACAACGAUUGGCUAUGGGGACAAAGUGCCACAGACCUGGAUCGGCAAGACAAUCGCCUCUUGUUUCUCCGUGUUUGCAAUCUCGUUCUUUGCUCUGCCUGCGGGGAUUCUUGGAUCAGGAUUUGCCCUUAAAGUACAACAGAAGCAGCGCCAGAAACAUUUCAACAGGCAGAUUCCUGCAGCGGCAUCUCUAAUCCAGACUUUGUGGAGGAGUUACGCGGCGGAGAAACCUCAUGGCUGUCUGGCCACCUGGAAAAUCUACGUUAUGUCAGCUCAGAACCCGAAGAAAACAGCAGCGCCGUCCAGCCCAAACCUCCGAAAACAGGUCAGAAGGAGCUUUACUAGUUACCUACCUUUAUGA